AUGGAUCCGCCUGUCGCGCCGGAGUUGCUCGAGGCCGUUCUGCCGGAGGAUGCCCCUGCUGGCCACGAGGCGUGGCAGAAUUGCAAACAUGACAGAAAAAACACCUCGCAGGCUCUUUGCUACUUCAAGUUUGGCUCGCAGAGGUUCCAGGCGACCCUCGCAUGCUGCCUCACGGAGGAGGCCAUGCUGCGCGUGACCCGGGCCUGCUACGUCCAGUUUGCGCGCGGGGAGCCCAAAGAGAGGGUCCUCGAGUUCAGAAACGAGAUUUACGCCAAGAUCAAGGGGCUCAAGAGAGGCAGGGCCGGCGACGCACCCGCUGGCCCCCCCGAAAAGAGAAGGCGGACCGCGGCGGCGAACGGCAGUGCGGCCGCCCCUCCGGCCGCGGGUGCCGAGGAGGGCGCGGACGUCCCAGCCCCUGGCGCGGCGCCUGCCCGGUCGCCCCCGGCAGGCUCGCCCCUCGGCGAGGCCCCGCGAUCUGUCCUUGGGCCCGUCGGUUGCGACGCCGCCUUGGCGGCCACCGCGGCCUCGGAGGACGCCCCUCCGGGCCACGAGGCAUGGAGCAGGAUCCACUACGAGCGCUCGAGGGGGCUCGUGCGCCUGCACCUGAGGAUCCUGAGGCGGCCAGGCCUGGAGCGGUACACCACGACGGUGAAGGCCUGCGGAGGGAGCGAGGAGGAGGCGAUGCGCAUCGCCCGCCUCUGCUGGGUCAAGUUCGCAGAGGGCGCCAGCAAGGAGGAGGUGUCCGUCUACAGGCAAGGCUUGUACGACGCCGUUGCCCCGCGAGUCGCGGGCGCGCCCGCGGGCGAGCCGCCGGCGCGGAAGGUCGCGCGACGGGGCGCUGCGAUGAGCGAGGCGGCCGCCCUGGAGGCCGCGAAGCUGGAACUCAAGACGCAAGGGCGUUUGGAGGGUGCGCUGCUUGUGGAGGGCCGGUCUUCGGAGAAGAAAAACGCCUCCAUCAACGGGUUGUAUGCCCGCCGCCCCGCGGACUACGACGGCUAUGGCGCCUACGAGAAGGUGGGCGCUGACGCCGCCAUCAGGCCCAGGUUUUUGUAUUUUUGGCGUGAGAAAUCCCGUUGGAAGAUCGAUUGCAAGAUCCCCAGCAGGAGGAGCGGUUUUGCGUACUUGAAGGCUGCAGGCGUGGCCUCCCCUACUCAGGCCGGGCCCGACUGCCAGUGGCACGUGUGCGACGACAAAGGCGAGGGCUACGGCAAAGAUCCCUGCGUCCGGUGUUUGGAGGUCGUGCCGGCGCCAGGGGCCACAUCGCCUGCGCCCGAGAGGGUUGGCCACCAUGCGACCCAGGCUCGGUCCCUACCGUCCCAGGACAGCUCGGCGUCUGCCGACAGCAGCAGCGACGACGUCGGGAACCGGACCUCCAGCGACGAGGAAUCCAGCUCUGCGAGCGGCGCGGAGCCUCCCGCCCAGCCAGGGGCCGACGCCCAGGCACCGCGCAGCCACGCGGGCCGGACGGCGCCGAUUCGGGCAUGCGCGAAGAUGCUGGUGCGUUCCGGCCUGCGGUGCGCGUGCCACUUCCGGAUGGCCCAGGACUGCCCAGGCUGCCCGAGGCCAUGA